GAAAACCCAUGGGUGAGUAACCCCAAAAUUGUUUGGAUGUAAAAAUCCAUGGGUGAGUAACCCGAAAUCAUUUGGAUGUAAAAAUCCGUAUGGGUGAGAAACCCAGAACCUCUGUAGAUGAAAAAAAUCUGGAAAAUGGAUAUGCAAAUAAAAAAUGGGUUAUUGUUGAGAAUCAAAGAUUAUCCUUUAGUUUAGGGAUUGUAUAAUAGAAUAAGAAUGUUAUCUUAUUUGAUUUCCUGUAUAUAUUCUUUCCUAGCUAGUUAGCUUACUUGUAGGAGAAACCUACGGAAUGUAUUAUAUAAACAUACAUCAAUGAUCAAUGAGAAUUAUUCUGGUCAAAUAUCUUUUCAUACCAAUUUUACAUGGUAUCAGAGCAGAGGAAACUCUAGCUCUUGGCUCUAGCCGCACCUGUCAAAUAAUCAUCUUUCAACCCUAAUUUUCAUCCUUUCCUUGCCGCUGCCACCAUGACCAAAGACCAAGAAUCCGCUGCAUCAGGAAGCAAAAACGAUGCUUCCGAUCCCUUUUUCAUUCACCAUUCUGAUCAUCCUGGAAUGGUUCUUGUUUCCAAAAUCCUUAAUGGAAACAAUUAUGCGACAUGGUGUCGCUCUAUGCGCAUCGCCCUAAGCGCGAAGAAAAAAUUAGGGUUCGUGAAUGGGACAAUCAAAGCCCCUUCGGAGAAAACUAAGCCUGAGAGUUUUAAGGUUUGGCAGCGUUACAACGACAUGGUUUUAUCUUGGCUGCUCAAUUCGAUAGAACCAUAUAUUGCAGAAAGCGUGUUAUACUCCUCCACCGCAUAAGAGAUUUGGGAGGACCUUAAAGAACGUUUUUCCCAACUUAACGCUCCUCGUAUUUCGAGAUACAACGCACCAUAGCUUCCUUCUCAUAGGAGCAGAUGUUCGUUGCUGUUUAUUAUACCAGGAUGAAGAGUUUGUGGGAUGAGCUGUCUUCUUACAGUGAUGUCCCAGCUUGUUCUUGCGGUGCCAUGAAGAAGCAUGUCGAAUAGGAGGAACGAAACUCGUUGAUGCAGUUCCUUAUGGGGCUUAAUGAGUCCUAUAGCACCAUUCGAGGCCAGAUACUUCUUAUGCAGCCUCUCCCUAUGGUUCGCAAGGCUUAUUCUUUGAUUACCCAGGAAGAAAAGCAGCGUGGUUCCAGCCAAGCAAUCACCGAACCAGCAGCUAUGGCGGUUCGAAACAAUCAGCGUUCAAAUUCUUCUGGGCGCCAACCUCUUCACUGCAGCCAUUGCGAUCGGGAUCAUCAUACAGUGGACAAGUGCUACAAGCUACAUGGCUAUCCCCCUGGACACAGGCUUCACAAAUCUGGGAAAGGCAAAGGGAAAGUUAGCAGCGGUUCCGCCAAUAAUGUGGCCUCCAAUGGUCCAUUCUUGCAGGAGAUUCAUACAGCUAUGCCAUCUUUAUUCGAGGAUCAAUGUAAGAAAAUUCAUGCCAUGAUGAGUGACAACACUAAUCCAUCUCACGUUGCACCACAAGCCAAUACCGCCUUAACUUCUUCAGGAUUUGAAGACGAGGACGACGAUUGGUUUGGGUAAGGAGCGUGAUGGACUCUACUACCUUGUGGCGUUGGCGUCUGAUAGAACACCAUCCACCACCUGACCUUCCUGUCACCUAGUUACAACUCCUGGAGAUUUAUGGCAUCGCUGUUUAGGGCAUCUUUCAUCCUCUCGUUUACAAUUUUUAGCAAAACAUUUGAAUUGUUCAUUUUCUUUCCAUAAUGUUUGUGAUGCUUGCCAUUUUUCUAAACAAACUCGCCUUCCUUUUGGCAUUAGUUAAAUUUC